AUGACGGUAACAACAAUGACCUUUAAGAAAAAGCACGUCCUGUUGGUCCCGUACCCGGCAUUCGGGCACGUCACACCCUUAUUGGAGCUGGGUAAGAAGCUGGUGGAAUCCCAUCAUGUCACGUUUCUCGUGUCCGACUGUAAAAUCGCCUCCAUUCGCCGAAAGGAGAUAAUGCUGCACCAGGAUGAUUCCGAUUCCUCGGUGAAAUUACUGGGUUUAAUGGACGGUUUAACCGAUGAGGACGAUAAGAAUUUGACGCCGGCUCGGUUUAUGAGCAAUCUGAAGCGUGCCGGCACCGUGAUGCGACAGAUCUACCGAACUAUGCCAGUGGGGUCGAAGGACAAUCAGAAAUGCGACUACCAAUCCCAAUUGUUUACGGGGACCAUGGAAUGGCCGGUGGAUACGGUGAUCAGUGAUCUGGUGAUGGGCGCGUAUGCCGUGGCGUGUUUUGACCGCGGCGUGCCCUUCCACAUCUUCAAUCCUAGUCCGGGAAUUAUUUUGUUGAAACUCCUGGAGUCGGUCUUGAUCAACUCCGUCACCGAAUUCGAGCCCAACACCACCAAGACCAUCGAAAAGCACCCGUUUGUCCUAGGCAAACCGGUCCGCUUCGUGGCACCCCUGUUCCCGGAAGCCGACACCGGGAAGAACGCCAAACAGCCGUUAAGCAAUAAGGUCACCCUCAGCCAGAUCCGGCAGUGGCUUAACAACCGCACCGACAAUACGGUGACAUACGUGUCCUUUGGCUCCAUGGCCAUUCCGUCGCAGGACCAAAUCCGGGAGAUCGCCAAAGCCCUGAUGACCCUGCAGCGGCCGUUCAUCUGGUCGCUGAAGACCGCGGAACAGGAGUACCUCCCGGAGGAACUCCUAGCCAAUAUGGAGAACCAGUUUGAAUGCGAUCUCAAGUAUAUUAUCGUGCCGUGGGUCCCGCAGAAGAUGGUUUUGAAACACCCCGCCACCCGCUUAUUUAUUUCGCAUUGCGGCUGGAACAGCACGAUGGAAGCCAUCGUGGGCGGGGUGCCGGUAGUGGCGUGGCCGUUGUUUGGGGAUCAACAUUGGGAUGCGGAGCUGUUGGUCAAAGAGGGCAUGGCGCUCAAGAUCCCCGAUACGGAUCUGUUUUUUACGCGGCUGGUGACGGCGGAAGAGAUCGUGCAGGUGAUUCUGAAGGUGGGCGGAGCUACGGGGCGCGCCAUGAUGAUUGAGCCGUUCCGGCGCAAUGCCAAGAUGGCGCGCAAGAUGACGGAGAUCGCGGUGCGGAAGGGCGGGAGUUCGUAUGUCGCGCUACAGGAGCUGAUUGUUGAUAUCGGGACGUAUCAUAUUGACAGUCAACCGUCAAAAUAACGUUUGUGUUUACAUGCAUAUUUUAUAUGGUAGAUGGUUUUUGAGACAGUAUUUUUUGUGUACUAUAUUAUGACUUUACCGGCACUUUUUGUGCAAGAAAGCGCGGUUAUGGGAAA